AUGUCGCGCAUGUCGCACGAUGUCGGUGGUCACUGGCCCAUGAGCUCAACACCCAGGAGUUUGACACCCGGCCUUCGAAGGUUCUCGGUCUCGCCGGCGCCCAGCAUGAAGGUGCCUCUUUUGAUGGGAUGCCAGGACCCGGUCCUUUCACUUCAGCGUGGCAUCGAUCAGGUGAAGGUGGACUUGGGUAGCGGCCAAGAACGAUUGGCUCAGCAGUUUGAGCUGGAACGUCAGCAGACAGCAUCAUCCUUGGCCUCACUCCAACAGCAGGUCGACCGCAUGAUGUCCAGCGUGGGCGAAGUGGUGCUUCAACAGAACCAGAUGAAGACAGAACUAGCUGCAGCCACGUCGCAAGUUGAAGAGCUUUGGAAAGAAAGGAGGCUGCCCAACGGGGGAACCACAGAGGAGUCCAGCCUCGCCUCGGGGCUGCGUGCCGCCUUGGCUGAAGCCAAGCAGGAGCUGCAGAGCUCGCUGACGGCUGGUGAGGAGCGUUUGCGACAGCAGGCGAAGGACAGUAUUGAUGAUGCUAUCGCCCAGCUUCUCGUGAAGGAGCAGAUACAAAGACUGGAUGACCAGGUGCGUGAGCUCUCCGCUGCCUUCAAACCCAUGAUCGCGCGCAUCACCCUACUCAGUGAGCAGUGCGAGGCGCCCAACUCCACCAAAGAUGAGGAGGCUCAGCCACAGCCUGAAGUGAAGAGGAUCCCAGCCUCUUGGGAAGAGACGCCUGAUGCAGCAGAUGCCGAGGUGCCAACAUCCGUGGCGGCAGCGCGCGCACCGGCGGGUUCGCCGGAGUCCCACGUUUCGCCUUCCACCUCCGCGGAGGUGGGAAGUGGCCCCACACCGGUGUCCAGCGAGGCCUCCUCCCGCGGGCCCACGCUGUUGGAAGCAGCUGGGCGACCUCAGGUUGAGGAGGGUGAGCAGAAGGCGAAGGUGAUUCAGAUUCCCAUCCAGCGUCGUUCCUCCGCCCCAGGACCCUUCCUGAACGUGGCGCCGCAACAAAGCCCGAGAUCACCGACAACAGCGGCGGCGACACCGACACCCAGCCCCAUGCGGGUGCCACGCGUGCUGCCAGGCCGAACCGUUCCGCAUGGACCUCGCAGGUCUACCUCCUUAUUUCCUUCACCGGCCAUGAUUUGGGGUGGAGGAUCUGCCCGAUUGCCUCAAAGGCACUACACACCAGAGUCAGGCUCAAUCUUGUCGGUCCACAGUCAACCCAUGGGGGCGACGGUGCAAGAGGCCAGCAGGAUGAAUCCACAGGAUCAGGAGGCGACACGCUUGGAAGCCAUGCGCAUGGCAGUGGCCACCGCGCGACCGCCACCGCCAGCGCCCCCCGCUUUGCCCGCACCGCGGAUCCCAGCAGCGCUGGAUGAGGGCAGAGGUCGUGCUGAACUUCAGCUAUACUCGGAGGCGACCAAUACGAUGGACGCGGCAACGCGCAGAAUGCUUGUGGAGAUCACUAUUUGCAAUGCCAGCAGGCAUGACUUCGCAGAUUGGCUUCCACCGACCACGCUCUCAGCGCUGAAGCUUUGUCCACGCAAUACCUGGUGUGGGAAGCUGCCCAGACGGGCAACCAUCCGGCCUCCAAUCGAAUGCAACGAAGUUGAACCAGUGAAGAUCGAGCGUUUAAGCGGAGAGCGCUUAGAGUUUCAGCUCCCGGCCACCGCCAAGAUCAGUGACCUGAAGCUGCUGUUGCAAGAAACCUGUGGCGCUCCAUACUUUUGUCAAAAGCUCAUGUGGCGUCACUCCUUGCUGAAGAAUGCAGAGCCUUGGCUUCGGAACAGCUUGAGCCUGAUCCAAGACGCCUUUCACCCGGAGGCCGCCAAGGCACUGCGCGACGCCGCCCGGCAGGGCGACCUGCCGGGCGCGGAGCGGGCGCUGCAUGUGCCGGCGGAUCCGAACCAGGUGCUCCGGUUGCUGGUCCGCGCCGCUGCCCAGCUGGAGCGUGCUACGGUGCACGGGCGCACGCCGCUCUUCGUGGCCUGCCAACGAGGGAGACUUGGAGAUACAGUAGAGGCCCUCUGUGAGCUCGGAGCCAACAUGGAGACUGCAAGGAGCGGAGGUCAUACGCCGCUGCUGGCGGCCGCGCGCGAAGGACACCACGAAGUGGUGCAGUUGCUUUGCGAGAAGCGCGUCGAUCAGGAGCGCACAGCGAAUGGUUGGAGCCCCUUGUUGUUGGCCGCACGGCAUGGGCACACCGAAGUGGUCCAGGUCCGCAGCACCGGUGGUCCGAGCUUGCCCGACGGCACCUCCGCGCUCCACUUCGCCGCCGAACGGGGCAACGAGACGAUGGCGCGCCUGCUGGUGCCCUCGGUGGAGUGCCAGAUCGAUGUCAGUCAGGUGCAAAUGUCCGGCCGCGAGAGUGAGCAGUUGCUCCUGUCGAAGCUGUGCGACCGUGGUGCGGCGCUCCAGCCACAGAGCUUGGUCAUCACCAAGAUCCAGCAGGGCUACCACACCCGCAGCUAUGCCGACCAGCUGCGCAGGGCCAAGCGUUUGGCGUCCGCACUGCAACGCUGGGGAGUUCGGAUGGAGGACCGUGUGGCAACUUUGAUGUGGAACUCAGGCUGGCAUUUCGAGUGCUACCAGGCCAUUAGUUGCAUGGGAGCAUGUCUCCACACUCUGAACCUCAGACUGGGGCAAGCAGACUUGGGCUACAUCAUCCACCAUGCUCAGGACCGUAUCAUUUUCGUGGAUGCCAAUCUGAUCCAGCUUCUUGAGCAGAUUUCGCCCUCGGAUCUGGCCACCGUGGAGCUCUUCGUGUGUGCGGGCAGCGAUGGGGAAGCGAACCAAUGGAAGAGCAGCCAGCUGGACAGCCGAAAGACCAUCGACUACGAGGCCUUCUUGAACUCGGGCCACGAGGACUACCGAUGGCCCGCCCUGGCGGACAGCUCGAUGAUGGGGCUGUGCUACACCUCGGGCACCACUGGAAAACCCAAAGGUGCUGCAUAUAGCCAGCGGUCCACCUACUUGCACACCUUGAUGAUUUGUGGUGUCGACCAGUUGGCCAUCUCUUCUCGAGAGGUGGUACUACCGUUCGUUCCGAUGUUCCAUGUGCUCAGUUGGGGCAUCCCCUACGCUCUCCUGAUGACGGGCUCGCCGGCCGUCUUCACGUCCCACUUCACCGACCCAGGAGCCAUGCUACAGAUGAUGAUGGACUGGGGAGUGCAUGUCUCUACCGGAGUGCCAGCAGUUUGGCAAACUUUGCGGCAGCACAUCCAGAGCACAGGCUCGCUGGCGGCAGUGCAGCCGAAGAUGAGACUGCAGCGGCUGGUUUGCGGCGGCUCCAGCCCACCAGCGACGCUGAUGCGAUGGUUCUUAGAUGAGCUGGGUGUUGAGUUUGUUCAAGUGUGGGGCAUGACAGAGACCAACCCGAUUGGCUCGGUCGCACGGCGCAUUGGCAAGGUGACGGAUCUCGAGAAGGGUGUCGACGACAGCUUCAACAACGUGAAGAAAGCCGGCCUCCCAUCGCCAGGCGUCGAGGUGCGGAUCGCCCAGCUGGACGAUCUCAGCCGGGACGUGGCGCCGGGCGAGGCUGGGGAACUGCUGGUUCGAGGCCCUUGGGUCAUCCAAGAGUACUACGAGGUCGAUGCCAGUGAGAAGUUCUUCCAGGGAUGGCUCAUCACCGGCGACGUGGCGAAGAUCGAUGAAGAGGGGGCGAUCAUCAUCAGCGAUCGCUCCAAGGACGUGAUCAAGUCGGGGGGCGAGUGGAUCUCUUCCAUUGACAUGGAGAACGCGGUGUGCGCCAUGCCGGGCAUUUCCCUGGCCGCGGUGGUCGCCGUGCCGCACCCUCGCUGGGAUGAGCGCCCCGUUGUGGUGGUCAUCCUGGACAAAGGCGUCAACACGGAAGGCUUGCUGGACAGAGUGAGGGAGCACCUGUCCUCUUCCUUUGCCAAGUUCCAGCUGCCUGACGAUGUGCUGGUGUGGAAGGAGAUCCCGCACACUGGCACCGGCAAGAUGGACAAGAAAUCCAUCCGAGCGAAGCUGGAAGAGCAGCAGUACAUUUUACCGUCCCUUCGCACUUCCAAGCUUUGAAGCGCCCGAGAGCAGUGACAGGAGCGCAUGGGACGCGCUGGCCUUGAGGGCUGCCAGCCAUGGUCUACUUACAUAACACUUGCUUCAACCAUGCCAUGAUUUAAGUCGAGUGUUGAUGAUCUUUCAACCCCCCACAUCACAAGGUUUUAAAAUGCAAUGGGGGAAAUAUAGGGGAGGGCUUAUCAACCAACGAGUCUACAUUAUUGUUGCUCCCACCGUCAGGCCGGGAGUGGGGCAUCAUCGAGGCCCGCCACUCGGGUUCACUUGGAGUGCGCGGCUGGUGGGGAAGCUGGUGAACCGUGCGGUCUGAACACUUGGAGUGACAUAUAGUGAAGUGGCUUACCAAAAGCAUUCCAGAGCUACCCAAACCGGAACGCAGGCAUGUCCUUGGAAUUCCGUUUGGAACCUACCGAGCUGCGAGGUUGACUGUUGAUUCAGAACUCCCAACCUUCUUAAUUAGUAUGAGGGUUGUUAUAGAGUCAAAUCUAUGGAGUGACAAUUUCUUUUGGACGUGUUUCUUUCAGAACAUCUUGCCCGUUUCGUGACGUCUCCCUACAUGGAUGGUCAAACAUGUCCAUAAUAUGGGCGGCUUUAUUUGUCAACAACUAAAC